ACUGCUGCCACGCCCCCUCACCUGUCGCAGGUGACCCUUGGCCCUUGACAUCUCGUCCUGCAUGGUCUUCCUUUUGAACUCCUGUAGAUUUUCAAAGUACUCCUCAACAUCCCGCUCAUCCUGGGCGAAUAACGUGUCGAGAACAAUUUUUCGCCCGCAGAUGUCAAUGGCGGUGCUGAAAUAUUUUUCGAGUUUCCUACACGGUGUAUCAAAAUCCCUCUCGUCGUCGUCCUCGGGACCUGACCUCCGAUUCAGGAAGAGCAAGUCCCAAAUGUUGCCGUCUUCGAACUCUGACAAAUCCGGGAAGCAGGCUCCCAAGAUGUCAGCCACGCAAGUAAACUGCUGAUGGAUAUGUUUCAAGUCGCUCACGGAGAAGAGUCCAGCCCAGCUCAUCUCAUGGUCGCCGACGGCAACUUCGGCUUUGCGUUUCUGCCGUUGUAACGUCCGGUUGUGGCAGUCAUUCUCCUCAUGGACCUGUAUGAGAUCAGGGGAGGUCUGCUAGAUGUGAUUGCAGAAGAAGCUGAGCACCAGGACUUAAGCAGAGAGUCGACCACCAUGGAACCCUACAAUGUGGUUUCAGACAGAGGAGGGAGGGCGCCACAAGACGUUUCGACCUUCCAGAGGUUCUCCGUCAACACCAACGAGUCCCUUCAUUUUGAUCCCUGUGAGGACAGCACUCCAUCUCCCACUCAGGCAGAAGAUGGACAUGAUGAUGAUGAUGAUGUGUUUAAGGAAGGAGAAACUGAGUGUGAGAUCGUCAGAAUCAGGAAUCAGUUACAGGGGAAGGUUGCUGAGAUGGAGAACUUUGCAGGUCACCUGGAGGAAAUCUUUCUCACUGUGGAGGAUAAUUUUGGCCGUCAGGAGCAGCACUUGGAGCAGCACUACAAUGAUGUGCUGCAGACAUUGUCUCAGCGAUAUGACGAGAGGGCGGCUGGACUAGAGGAGGAGAAGAAGGGCAAGCUGGAAGCCCUGUACAGUCAGCUGCUGGCUUGUGGUCAGGCGAUGGAUGCCUCCAAGGACCUCAUUGAGAUGGCCCAGGAGAUCUACCGCAGCCAAGACAAGAGGCUUUUCCUGAAGACAGUUAUGCCCACCAUUAAAAGAAUCGAGGAGUUUGCCAAAGAGGAGAUAGACCUCACAUUGGCUACAAGCCUUGAGUUUAACACACCACUUGCUGACCUGUCAGAUGUCAAAACAAUGAUGGACACCAUCAAUGUUGUUCCAGCUCCAUCUGCGCCAGUAAUCAACCCCCAGAUGCCCAACUCUGCCACCCAGACGUCCCUGCGUGUGUGCUGGAGCUUGUUCUCCGACGACACAGUGGAGUACUAUGAGCUUUACUACAGACCUGUACUGGAGGACACACCAGCAGACAGCACCUGUGCACCACAUGUAAGCAACGUAAAAGUGAAGGAGACCCACUGCACUGUGAGAGAUCUGCUGCCCAAUGCUCAGUAUGAACUGUGGGUAACUGCUACCAAUACCACAGGCAUCAGCCCAGCGAGUGAGAAGGCCUUAUACAUGACAGUGCCAUCGCCUCCAGUUAUCAAGCAGAGGGAGUUUACUAGCUGUCCAGAGGCUGCUCUGAUACGCUGGGAGUCAGGAAACACCAACCCUGUAGACUCAUACACUGUGGAGCUCAGCGAGAUGGGUACUGAUGGCACACAGAGCGGUGUUACUGAGUCCAUAGUAGCCGUGCCCACCUGUCAGUGUCUGAUCCAGCUGCAGACAGGACGGCGUUACCUCAUCUCUGUGCGAGCAGUCAACAUCGGUGGGCCCAGCGACAGGAGUGAAGUUAUUACUGUCUCCACAACAGGUACAUUCUUCCAUCUCCUGGAAGACAGUGCCCAUCCUUGCCUGUCCUUCUCUGAAGAUGGCUUCACCAUGUUUUAUGGAGAUGAGGAGCUACCAAUUAGCGCUAUGGCCUCAGAUGAUAACACCUUUACCAGAUGUGUAGCUGUCCUCGGGGAUCUGAUUCCUGUGCGAGGCAGGCAUUACUGGGAAGUUGAGGUGGAUGAUGGGACGGAGUUUAGGAUCGGAGUUGCAUAUGAGGACACACAGAGGAGCUCGUACUUCGGAGCCAACAAUACCUCCUGGUGUAUGAGACAUAUUCUCACUCCAUCCAGGCAUAAAUAUGAGUUUCUGCACAAUGGUUGGAGUCCUGACCUGAGAAUUACAGUGAACCCAGUGCGGAUAGGAGUGGCACUGGACUACGAGAGGGGGGCUCUGUCCUUCUUUAAUGUGAAUCUGGAACAACACCUACACACCUUCCACUGUCACUUCCGAAAUUAUGUCCACCCCUGCUUUGGCCUGGAUAACCCAGGAGCUCUUACUGUGCACAACGGCAUAGAGGCUCCCAAGUAUGCAUUCAUCUGACACCAGUAAUAAUAUCUACUAUUAACAUGAAAUAAAACCCAGGACUGGUAGGAAGUGAAAUUAAUUUGUUUUUAAUACUUACCAAAGUUCUGGGUGUUACCCCUCAAACUCUUAACAUUGUGAACCCCCAAAUUCAUCAAAUAAAACCACUGCUGACCUUCCUCAGCCAUAUAAAAUGUGUGGGAUCUAAAGACAUUAAGGGGUUUUCAGUUUUUAUUAUAGUAUUCCAUGGGAACAGGCAUACACCAUUUUCCAAGAUAAGAAAAAAGUUUCACUGAAUUUUACAAUAUGUAUUUAUACCAUCAGCAACUGCAGCAGACCAAGUGUUUAAAUAAAAAGAAAAAAGGAAAUUAAGGUACUUGUUUUUGAUUAACAAGAUUCUUUUAAAAUUAAAGUGUUUUACAAAAGAAAAUUAAUUAUACAAUUGUAUUCACAUUAAAAGGAAAAAUCCACCCUGAAUACUUGUGACACUGUUAAAAUUGACUAUUUUGUUUAAAAGUGGUACUUAAACAGAAAAUGUCUCUGCAAUUUGAGAUUGAUAAGUGCAUGUUUUAGAGUUAGACCCUUAUAGUUUAAAAAAAAUGGGAGAAAAACACUGUAGAAAAGAUUUGUAUAUCCUCAAUUCAUGACAUGUAGCCAAAAGAUGUGUUGCAUUUUAAGUCACGUGGCUACAAACACAUGCACAAUGACAAUGAACAAGUUGGUAGGCUAUCUAUAUUUACAUGGGCUCUAUAGGUGGCCAUAAAUUUAAAUAUGCUCACCUUUGACUAAAACCCAACAGGUUUACACCCAUUGUGUGAGAGGUUAUAUUAAGACAUACUGGGAGAUGCAUGAAAAACAAACAAAAGUAUAAAGCAAAACUUACAUAGGACAAGAAAAUAAAAUCUUUUCUUCCAGGAAAGCACCAAACAUCAAAAGAUUUGUGAUAAUUCAAAGACCAUACCAGUGUUUUCCCCCAUCAUAAACCUGCUUACUACUAAUAAUCUGUACUUUACAUUACUGCUAUUUAAAAAACUACUCAACCUACUCAACCU